AAAAAAUAAUCAAUAACUAUUCAACCCAGUUGUUCUAUUAGUAAUAAUUUAAUCAAGUAAUAUAAAGUAACAUACUUAAAUAGUAUUUAAUCAAACAACUAAAAAUAACCAUGCUGUGUGUUAACUACUUAACCGGUUUAUUAUAUAUAAUAAGCAUCAUCAUAAUUUAUAACAAUGAUAGUGUUCUAGGUGGUUUAAUCAGUGAGUGGAUGUUACCAAACCCAUGGGUAUCGCCCGAGUGCGAAGAGAAAUAUGACCUAGCUUCAAAACAAUGCGGUGAAAAACAUGGCCACGAAUGGAGACAACGGAUAUCAGCCGAAGAGAUGGAGAAACCGUCGGAACAGAAAAAGAUGUUUUGUUGUAUGAAAUACGAUGUCUCCGAUUGUAUGGAGAAAUACAUUAAGGCUGAAUGCAACGCCGAUGACUACGAAGUGAUUGCCGAGAUAUUUGCCAAGAAAGUGGACUACUUAUCAAAAGGCAAUUGUAGUCAAUAUCCGUAUAAAUCAAGCGAUUGUACCGUCAAUUCAAUGGCCGACUCUUUGCAAACAAAUUCAAAUUCAUCGCAAACUUUGUGUUUGAAUUUGUGUCUACUGUUAACGACCAUGGUCAUUUAUUUACAGCCAUCGCAUGCCAACAGCAAUGUAUAUCAUAAUCACAAUAACUCCAAACCGUUGGCUAUUUUAGGCAAAUAUAUAUCCCGUGAAUGUUAUGAUAAGAUUACGAUACGUGUUAUCAAUUGCGAUGAGAUGUCAGACAAACAACUAUUAUUGGACAACAAUUUGGACACGUCUUGGCCUUUGGUCUCAUCUUCUUCUUCCUCACCAUCGAUGACCUCUUCCUCCAUAAGUAUUGAGACAAAUGUCUAUAAAAACAACACUUUUAUCUGUUGUCUCCUAUCGUCGAUCACCCGAUGUUUAAGGGAUGCGAUUAUGACCAUGUGCAGUACCAGCGAUAAACUAACCGUACAAAAUAAAUUUCACCAUAUAAUUAACACUGUCUACACCGCUGGGCCUAAUUGCACCCUGGUGGGCCACAAAUCACAUCGUUGUAAUCGUAUAAACAAUUUAUAUAACAAUAAUAAUAAUGUCGACAACUAUUUGAAUGACGAUAAAAAUAAUGAGACAAAUGAGACGAUGAUUGGCCUAUUGGUGGGCAACACAUCGGUGUCCGACCGGUGUAUCCGUCGACUGCACGCCAACGUCCGCCGCUGUGGCGAAGAGUCGGCAAUUAAGUCGGGCUUUGAUAAAACUAGUCUAGAUCUAGAUAUUGUAAAAGUACAUUGUUGCGUCGGCUGGCUCCGUAUGGAUUGCGUCAACAAGGUGGUUGAGGUAUGA